CAUCAAGCUUUGCGCAUGCCGCCGCAAACGUCCAAAUCGGUUGUCACUUGUCACAACAGUCUUCGUUCUUUACGUUUUUCGUUGGCAAGAUGGCUCGCGGUCCUAAAAAACAUUUGAAGCGUCUAAAUGCGCCAAAGGCAUGGAUGUUGGACAAACUGGGGGGUGUAUUCGCCCCUCGGCCAUCCACCGGCCCACACAAGUUGAGGGAGUCGCUGCCUUUAGUGAUUUUCCUCCGCAAUCGCCUUAAGUAUGCCCUCACCAACAGUGAGGUUACAAAAAUCGUUAUGCAGAGACUUAUUAAAGUCGAUGGAAAAGUCCGGACAGACCCCAACUACCCAGCCGGAUUCAUGGACGUGGUGACCAUUGAAAAGACUGGAGAAUUCUUCAGGCUGAUCUACGAUGUUAAGGGCAGGUUCACAAUUCACCGAAUCACACCAGAAGAGGCAAAGUAUAAACUGUGCAAAGUUCGCAAGGUCGGGACUGGCCCCAAAGGUAUUCCCUUCCUCGUUACCCACGACGGCAGGACAGUCAGGUACCCUGAUCCCAAUGUGAAGGUCAACGAUACCAUUCAAUUGGACAUCGCCACCUCAAAAAUCCUGGACUACAUCAAGUUCGAAUCUGGGAAUCUCUGCCAGAUAACAGGGGGCAGAAAUUUAGGUCGUGUGGGCACCGUCGUGAACAGAGAAAGACACCCAGGAUCUUUCGAUAUAGUACACAUCAAAGACGCCAACGACCACGUCUUUGCUACUAGGUUAAACAACGUUUUUAUAAUCGGCAAAGGAAGCAAGGCCUUUGUCUCCCUGCCCCGAGGAAAGGGAGUGAAACUAUCCAUUGCCGAAGAGCGAGACAAGCGGCUGGCAUCCAAAACGCAUUAAGUCUUUGUUGAUUGUCGCCUAAAAGAUGGGUUCCUCUCAAUUUCCAGAAUUUGGGAGCAACAUAUCUGUGUUUUGAAAUCAAUAAAACAUAAAACCGA